AUGGCCGACGGCAACGAGUCGGUGUUCAACGACGGAGAGACGCUCCCGGGCUACAGCGCAUGCCCGGACCCUGCUGCCUCGGACGAACCCCCACCGCCGUACUCCCCAGAGACCACCACGUCUGCCACCACCACCGUCGCUGGUGAUGCUCCUGCUGCAAAGCGGACGGUGGCGUCGUUGGGCAUGGCCAUGGACAUGACUUUUUCGGCGACUUCCUUCCCGGCGGCCUUUGAUGUCAACCCGGCGGAGGAGCCUCUGCUGGGCGGCUUUACCACCAACCUGCUCUCGGGUGACUCGGUCAUCACGGGACAGUACUACAUCUCGCCCUCGUUCCUCUGCAUCUACACCCACGCCAACAAAAAGGUGGUCAAGAUCAAGAUCCGCCUCGCCGACAUUGAUCGCUACGAGCCGGUAGUCUGUGUCAACGUCGGCGAGAUCCUCAAGCCGGGCAUCUCGCCGGUCCUUGUGCCCGAGGGCUCCAUCGAACCGGUCGACGUCUCAGCCAUGCGUCCCAACGCCGUCAACCUCUACACCGCCGGCGCCGUCCACACCUUUAUCGCCGGUAAGGGCCCGUACCUCAUCGGUCUCUCGCUGCUGUAUGUGGCGUGGUCGCGCGCGGCGGCGGCAGCAGCAGCCGCCUUGCCCUGGGCCCCGCGCGUCCAGCUCAGGCUCGCCACCGAGUACUCACUCCCGGCCUCGGAGUUUAUUCUCCGCUCACUCAAGGGCGCCGUGGUCUCGGGCGAGCACACCUUUCCGGUCCUUAUCCAGGUCUGGACCUCGUACAUCACCUUUACCGUCCACGACGCCAAGGUUGUCGUCCCGCUGCGUGACAUCACCCGCGUCGCGCCGUCGCGCUCGUUGAAGAACCCCAACCCCGAGGCCAAGGGCCUGGUCCUGCUGGAGGUCCCGCUCGCGUCACCGCCGCCGCAAGCUGCCGCCGCGCCACCGCCUCGUGCAGCUGCUGCCGCGCCGCCGCCGGUUGCCAAGAAAAAGUCGCGCUUUGGCGGCUUUGCCAAGUCGCUCAAGACAAAGGCUGCCGCCGUUGCCGCUAUGGCCCCGCUGCCGUCGUCCGGUCCAGCCGAUCCCGAGGCCGCCACCGCCGCCGCUGCGGCCAAGCCGCCCAACGCGCUGCAGCUGUUUAUGCGGUCAAACGUGAAGCACCAGCUGGUCAAGAUCGACUUUACUCCCGUCUACAACGUCAUCAUGUUUGCCUGGCAUGCGGCCAACCGCAUCCCGGGUGCUGUCGAGUACGCCCAGCCGUGACUUUGCUCCGGCCGCCCUACGCUCGUGGCAUGACCUUGACCGGCAGCCCGCCAGCAAUCGGGUGCAGGAUGGUUGCCACGUACGUCACGUCGUCGACCUGCGGGUGGAUGUCAAAGUCCUGGAAGACGGUCGCCGCAAGGAGCUUGGCCUCAAAGUACGCGAGGUUGAGCCCGAGGCAGAGCCGCUUGCCGGCGUUAAACGUGAGGAACUUGUAGUACG